AUGAGCCUGACCAACCCGCCUUCAUCCGCCGGCGGGCCUCUGACGACCUCUUCCAUCCGGCCCACCUCCAAUCUGAACCUCAAGAGAAGCGUCCAGGCUGCUUUUGAUGACUCUGGGCGACCCGGGAGCGGGUAUACAAGCAAAGUCCACGUCAGAGAGCGAUAUCACAUCGUCGGUUUUAUCAGCAGUGGUACAUAUGGCCGGGUGUACAAGGCAAUCGGAAAGAAUGGCAAAAAGGGCGAGUUUGCCAUCAAAAAGUUCAAGCCAGACAAGGAAGGGGAGUUAAUUCAGUAUACGGGCCUCUCACAGUCUGCCAUUCGUGAGAUGGCAUUAUGCUCGGAGCUCAACCACCCCAACGUGGUGGGUUUGGAGGAAAUCAUACUCGAGGAUAAAUGUAUAUUCAUGGUCUUCGAGUAUACGGAACACGACUUACUCCAAAUCAUUCAUCAUCAUACUCAGCCUCAGCGGCAUGCCAUCCCUGCAAAGAUGGUUCGGUCUAUUCUAUUCCAACUGCUUAACGGCUUACUUUACCUGCAUACGAAUUGGGUUCUUCAUCGUGACUUGAAACCUGCCAAUAUCUUAGUGACGUCUUCCGGUGCAAUCCGGGUGGGCGAUCUCGGUCUCGCGCGAUUGUUCUACAAACCUCUGAACUCUUUGUUCGCCGGUGAUAAGGUGGUAGUUACGAUAUGGUACCGUGCCCCAGAACUUUUACUCGGCAGUCGUCACUACACUUCGGCUGUAGACAUGUGGGCACUUGGAUGCAUAUUCGCCGAGCUGUUAUCCUUGCGACCGAUUUUCAAGGGAGAAGAGGCAAAGAUGGACAGCAAAAAGACUGUCCCAUUCCAGCGCAACCAAAUGAUGAAGAUUGUUGAAAUAUUAGGGUUUCCACGACAGGAAAGUUGGCCAGGGCUAGUGGCAAUGCCUGAAUACAACCAACUGCAGUCGAUGAUGCAGUCGAUGAAGAUGUCAUCUAGAGGGAGUAUUCAUUAUAAUAAGCCAUCUAGCUUGGAGGCGUGGUAUCAGGCCUGCCUCAAGACGGGCGGUUACUCUACAGCCGGCACCCCCGGCUCCCCUGGCGCUGACGGCUAUGACCUCUUGUCAAAGUUACUCGAGUACGACCCAACAAAGAGGAUCACCGCCGAAGAGGCCUUGGAGCACCCGUACUUCACGAACGGUGGACCCAUCAGCGCCAAUUGUUUCGAGGGAUAUGAAAAUAAAUACCCGACCCGCCGAGUCACUCAGGACGAUAAUGAUAUUCGCAAUGGCAGUCUUCCAGGCACCAAGCGCAGCGGGUUGCCUGAUGACUCGCUCAUUGGCCGAGCAGCCAAACGUCUCAAAGAAUGA